ACCGUAAAACGCCAGCAGCCAGCUUCCAUUCCAUUCCCUCCCUCCCCCUCCAAUUUUAGCAACUUCUCCCUUAAAAUCUCCACCUUCUCCUUCCUCCCCUGUAGCCUGUAGCUGCACCAACACCGCCUCUUCUACGGCCGCCUGCGGGGGUGGCUAUGGAGGAGAUGAUCAAGCCGGCGCCGGCGUCGUCGGGGUCGGAGGAGGAGAAGGAGGAGGUCGUGCCUGCCGGUAGUGGGGAGAGGCAUGAGGAGCAGGAGGGGGAGGCAGCGGCGCUGCCGGUGGUGCUGAAGAAGGGGCCGUGGACCACCGCGGAGGACGCCAUGCUGGUGCAGCACGUCCGGCAGCACGGCGAGGGGAACUGGAACGCGGUGCAGCGGGUGACCGGGCUGCUCCGCUGCGGCAAGAGCUGCCGGCUCAGGUGGACCAACCACCUCCGCCCCAACCUCAAGAAGGGCUCCUUCUCCCCCGACGAGGAGCUCCUCAUCGCGCAGCUCCACGCCCAGCUCGGCAACAAGUGGGCGCGCAUGGCCUCCCAUCUGCCGGGGAGGACGGACAACGAGAUCAAGAACUACUGGAACACGAGGACCAAGAGGCGGCAGCGCGCCGGCCUGCCGGUGUACCCGCCGGAGGUGCAGCUCCACCUCGCCUUCGCCAAGCGCUGCCGCUACGACGACUUCUCGUCGCCGCAGCAAUCCGCGGGGAGCAAUGUCCUGUCCCUGGACGCAGCCGACGCCGCCUCGGCAGCGUACGCCAGCGCGCGCCCGCCCCCGCUGGACCUCGCCGGCCAGCUCGCCAUGGCGAGCCGCCCGGUGCAGUUUACGCCGUUCUCGGCGCCUUCGUCCCCUUGGGGGAAGCCGUUCCCGCGGACCGCGCACUUCUUCCAGUUCCCGCACUCGUCGCCGGUGUCGCCGACGACGCCGACCGGGCCGGUGCACCCGCUCACGCCGGAGCUCUCGCUGGGCUACGCACUCCACGGCGGCGACCGGACCAGACUCCCGCCCGUGUCGCCGUCACCGGGCGCCAGACUCGAGCUCCCUUCAAGCCAAUUGCGCCCGGCAACGGCGAUCCCGCCGUCCACAGCGAGCAUCGGCGCCGCCAUCGCCACCGCCGCUGCCACCGGCUGCUUGGCCGGAGGAUCGCUGCACGAUCACCCAAACGCGGCGAGCCUCGAGGCGAUGCUGCAGGAGCUGCACGACGCCAUCAAGAUCGAACCGCCGGCGCCGCCGGCAAACAGAGCAACGGGAGAAGGCGGCGGCGGCGGCGAUCCCUGCGGCGUCAGUGGUGACAACAAGCCGGAGGUAGAGCUCAAAGACGACAUCGAGACACUCUUCGACCUGAUCAUACCGGUGACGUUCCCGGCACCACCGGAGCCCGCCGCCGCGACGGCCAACCACUCCGGCUCCGUCUCGCAGCACAGCAGCGACGACCAGGACCUCCACUCCAACGCCCACGUCGCGCUCCACCUGCCCAUCCUCACCGGCAGCGGCGGCGGCGGAGGAGGAGGCGGCGGUACCGGCUCGUCGGAGCACGACUGGAGCCUCGACGACGACGGCGCCUGCCAGUGGAACAACAUGUCCGGCGGCAUCUGCUGACGAGAAGACGAUGAACAGAAUUCUGAGAUCCCCAAAGAACCGUUCAAGAAGAGCUUUUUGCGAACAUUUUCUUGGCCUUCCUUUUUCCCCCAUGUUACAUGACGUUAAUUAGGUGCAUCGAUCUUGAGCAAAAUGUGCAAAUCUUCGAUGUCCCAGUGAGGCUUUAACUCCGUUUUUUUUAAUUACAAACGACUCAAUCUGAGCGACUGAGCAGCACAGUUAAUCAUACCAAAGUUGUUAUCGGCAUCUUCUAUCCGUAAGACUGACUGAUUAGACUGUUUGUGAUGAGUUCUUCGAAGCAUGCAUGCAAGAAGAAAGAUU